CUGCGGCGUCAUCUAGUGCCAUCCUGAAACCAUUUAAAAAAAAAAAACCUAAGAUGUCUUUGCUAUGACGCGGGUUGACUUUUAUUAACAAUGCCAUUCAUUUUCUUUGGACAAAAGACAAGUGUUUUAAAUGUAGCGAACUUUUAGCCAUACACACAUGGAAAGAGUGCAAGGCUAAACACUUGUAAAGGCACUGGGGAAACGCCUGGACGAAUGUUGUCAAUCUGCCCAGCGGUUGUGACGGCCCCGGGGCGAGUCGCGACGAAGCCGCGGCCAGCAGGGAGUCCGAACAUUGGAGUCGGCGAGAUGAGACGACAGAUAUUCGGUGUCCAGGAGUUUCUCGACGGCUCCAAAUACGAGGGGGAUUUUGUUCAUGGCCUCAAACACGGCAAGGGGAGGUACACUUGGAAAAGUGGAGAGUUCUAUGAGGGUUCUUUCUACAAAGACUACAGGCAUGGUGAUGGAAUGUACUGUUGGCCAACAGGCAACAAAUUCAUUGGCAAGUUCUACCUUAACUGGAGAGAAGGCUAUGGAAAACAUAUUUUUCCCGAUGGAGCCACAUUUAAGGGUUUGUACCAUGCUGACCAGAGGUUUGGUCCUGGUGUGCUUAGUGAGCCAACAGGAUGUCAGGAUGUCGGACUUUGGUACGGGAAGCAUCUGAUACAAAUGUGUAACACUGUACAAGGCAGCUUCAGUCUAAAAAAUGUUACUGAAUAUGCUGCCUAUUUGGAGGAAACCAUCUUCUCACAUUCUCAAAGUCAGGUCGACACAGAUGAGAGUUGGCUGCUUCCUGACAGAAAUAAUGCCAUCCCCUGUGGUAUUGAGAGUUAUUCUACAGAUGGUGACCACCUACCGUUGCCCCCAGGGCGUAGAAGAGAGUUGGAUGAACAAUUUUAUGGCCAGCAGUGGGAACCUGAUUCCCACGCGUAUGAAGGCUACAAACGAAAUCCAUACACCAGUCUACCCUUACAAGCCCGUAUGCUGGCUCACAUUCACAAACACAGACAACAGGCUGAAACUUUAGACUGGGAUGUUGCAGCAGUUAUUUCAUUAAAAAGGGAAAAUUUUGGUCCGAAAGGACAUUUGGAAGUCACAUCUGAGCUGUUGAUCCAUCAUGCUUCCGUAGGAAAAGGACCGGCUAUUUUAAAGAUUCUCCUUGACGGCCUUGUUCACCCUGAUGUAGCAGAUUCUCAGGGACACACUGCACUGAUUGCUGCCACAGUAAACUGCCAUAAUGAUGUAGUCCAAUUGUUGUUAGAUUUGGGUGCUGACAUUGACAGGGUGAAUGGCGAGGGGAUGUCGGCCUUGUCUGUGUGUCAUGUACUCUACUAUCCUUUUCAGUCUCUAUACACGUUUCCUGGUCUGACAUCUAAAACACAAAUUGCAUCUACUACUAUAUGUCAUCAGAGUAGACUGGGGGAAUCAACUAAAGGAUCCACUUACAGUAAGAAAGUAAGAGGGAAAGUAAGACCCAGAAGAGAAGAUGUCAAAUUAGAAGGUGGUGAUAAGAUAAGAGAUUAUUAUGAGGCUGAAGGGAGGGAUAAGGAUGAUGGUGGGAAUGAAGAGAAAGUGUUGCUCUCAGAACACUCCAUUGAGGUGAAGGAGGGCCAUAUUGUCCUCGGCAGCGUGAAGUGGAAAGAAUAUUCAUCAAAAAUUGCCAAGCAGGACACAAACAAAAAUGUGAUCCCAGUGCAAUCUUUUGACUCUGCCUGCUGCAUGUACAGCUACAGUAUCCAUGUCACAGAGAAAGUUCUUCAGGGAGCAGCUGAAGCUCUGAGUCACGCUUGGUUUCAGCAGCAUUCUGGUGAUACUGAAGAGACUGUUCGCAAAAUGGCUGCAAUGAAGUUUGAGCACCGUGUUCGUUUAACCACAUUGAAUCUGCUAUUGGAUCGGGGAGCUGACCCCAACACUUCGAGAAUCCCCUUGCCUGUCAUCCUUUUGGCCAUUUUGGCAGCAGAUACAAAGACUGUUAGGAAACAUCUACUGUGUGGCGCACGAACAGAUAUUUCUCUUCCACCAGAGAGGAAAGGCCUUUAUCCUCUACACGUUGCUGCAGCACUGCCAGGUCUAGAAGGUCCCGAAAUCACAAAACUGCUGCUGCAUGCUUUAACGGAUCCAGAUGCACGUGCGUGUGACCAGGACGAUGUCUACGAACCAGAUCAGGGUUCCACGAUAACAAGAAAAUCAUGGAAGCUCAGUGAGAAGCCACGCCCUAAAGAGGGAGGUCGAACAGCUCUGCACAUAGCCUGCCAGAGAGACAGCGACUACUGUAACGCCAGCAAGGUAGUAUCUCUCUUGCUCUCCUAUAAAGCCAGCACAGAUCUCCUCUGGAGUGGACAUUCCCCUCUUUCUUUGGCUAUAGCAAGUGGCAAUAACACGGCAGUGGAAGAGCUAUUAAAAGGAGGUGUCGAUCCCAACCUUCCCUUGGGUCGGGGAGUGGGCAGUGCCCUUUGUACCCUUGGAAACUUCAACUACCGUUUAGAUGCCAACCGACCAAAACUGCUGGACAUGUUAGAGAAGGUUGGUGCGGACAUAUUGAUGCCAGUUCAGGUUGGUGAUUCUAUCGGAACGGCAGUGGACUACGCACACAUCUCCUUCAACCAGGACUCUGGUAUAGCCCACACCCCCUAUCAUGCUCUCAGCCUGGGGCAGAGAGAGACAUUCAGAAUACAGCGCCAGCUGCUAAGCAUGAUGGGAAGUCUGCUGAAGAAGAGUGUUGUCCAGAGAGAAAGAGAGUAUCAAGGGAGAGAGGAGUGCCUUGUACAGAGUGAUAAAGGUGCAAUUUCUUAUGAUGCCAAAUCUAUUAAUCAAAGUGAACCUCCCAUUGGAGUAAAAAGAAGGUCACCAUUUAGGUUUUGCUACCACUGCGGUCGCUCAGCUGCUGUGAAGCUAACUGCUUGUACUCGCUGCCACAAAGUCUUUUACUGCUCCAUGGCCUGUAAACUGAUAGCAUGGGAUGAGAGACACAAGGAAGAGUGUCUACGGGAGACAGGAUCUGUUCCAAUCACCUUUGAGAAGAGAGUCAUGUUUCAGGCCAAAAAAGGACCUAAGACUGUCAUAUUUGCAUCAAGAAGACCAUUUCACGUCCAGUUUAAAUCCCAAGUCCUGGUUAUUGAAGACAAUAUCGCCGAGUGGCAAUCCAUUAACCUGAAGGAAAACUACAGCUACAACUGAUAUAGAUUAUCAUUUUCAGCAUCAUGGAGCAUAUUCCCACUGAUUUAGAUGGUUCAUAGGCAGGCUGCAUUCUGGACUGAUUUCCAGUAAGUCAGCGAGCUCACCAAUUUAUUCUCACCCGCAGGUAACUUAAGAGUCACAUUUGUUUCGCCACCGUUGACCAUUUGACAUGUUAAGUUUCUACUUCAUCUACCACUAUACUGAAAUGCCACUUUUGUCUACUUCAUCCUGACAAUGUUAUAUCUACCCAUCCAUCAUUUUGAAGUAUGAACCUACCAAGCUCCAAUUUACAAUGUCAAUGUGCUUAGCAUAAAAAUGUCGAAUUUUG